AUGUUGGGACGCAAGAUAAAUGCCAGCGGGCUGGACUUCAAUCCUACGGCGGCCUUGACACGACAGUUCUCGAACCUAGGCAUUGACGAGCAGUCCGAGUCAACCGCGACUUAUAAUUUGCCCCAAGACUUACAUCACCAGUCGAGCCGUUCCUACACCGAUGUGACUGAGGAGUUUGAUUCCUAUGAGGACCGGAAGCGGUAUGCCGCGACUUUGGCCGCGACUUUGCGGAAUGUCAGUUAUAGCGUACCUCGACGUAGCCACUCCAUAGUGUUGGGAUAUGACCACUAUUCGCACCAUAAAAGUUCAGCAGUACGUCGCGGGGGUUCAAGCCAUGUUUCGGGGGAAUUUGGUGGUAGUAGCGGCGGAGGGGCUCCUCCAACGCCUGCAGCGAACUUGUCUCAACAGCCCAUACAGCAGGCCUCAACUUCGGGUCCUUCUCAAGACAGCCAAGGCAAUGGCCUUCAAGACAGUUCUGUUCCAGUACCUGGCACUUCACAUGAAGAUCCGGGAUCUAAUACCAAGGUGACGAGUAGCUCCCCGGAUGAGGCCGUCAUAGCGGAGCCGGGAACGACAAAAUCCAAAGUCGAAAGCAUCGACGUACGCCCCUACCCCGAGGCCGACGUACAGUCUACGUCACUCGCGGCCUCGAUUCCGGAUACCUGGAAACCGCAAGAGAGUUGGAUAGAUCGAGAGGCCAUCGGAACGACGAAUGAGGCCAGCUCUUUGACACAAUCUGCUAAACGCGCAUUGCUGGCUUGCCCGUAUAUCAAGCACGAUCCAUUGAGGUAUAGCCAAAGAAGGGGCUGCCGUGGGGCGGCGUUUCCUAACACGAGCCGUUUAAAGGAGCACCUACAUAGGACCCAUAGGCAGAAACCUAAUUGUCCACGCUGCCGUGGUAUCUUCAAAACGGAACUCGAAGUCAUAGACCACCUGCAAGCUCAGUCUCUGUGCAAAGUUGUUCAAGACGAAGGCGAUGUUGAGGGAUUUGAUGCCGCUCAGGAGAAACUUCUCAGAAGUAAAAAGCGUAGAAAGGGAGUUGAUACGGAAGAGGAUAAGUGGGAGGAGAUUUUCAAGAUCCUCUUCCCUGAUCAAAAAGAUGUACCGGGUCCUUUCUACAAGAUGCCCGUCAACGAUCAAACCGCCGUAGACCAGGCCCAAGAAAAGGAGCAAGACGAUGCCGAAAGCAUUUUCACCAAGGAUCUUCCAUCACUGGUGGAAGAGGAGAUGUCCUUGAAGAUGGAGGAAGCUGUUGGUGGGCAUUUGACUAAGCAGGAGCGGGGGAAGCUUUUGAACGUGUUCAGGGGAUUCGCCGUCAAGAUGCUCCGCCAGUCCAAGGAGGGAGACGUCAAGGACAAGGAAUUUACACUCACCUCAAAGUCUAGUCAGACUUCAAAGUCCUACGGAAAUGCGCGGUCCGCUGGACCUCCGAGUGAGAGGCUACAGCAUACGAAUGCUGAUGACAAACUGGACGAGAAGUUGGAAGUGAAGCAACACGAGGUGUAUGCUUCUCAUGAAGCGCAAACCCUAGUUCCGCCGAUCGAUCCGGUGAUGGCUUUGAGUUCCUUGCCGUCGGCUGAAGCAACUGAGCCCCGCAGCAUGCCGUUGUAUUCUCAAGCCGUUCGUGUCGACAUGGAAUCGGAUGUUGCUUGCUGGCCGGUCUGGGAUGCGGCAUUUGUCGAUGACAAUGGAGACUCGUGGUUGGACGACUUACUGGGUACUAGCAUUACUUUCGCAGGAGGCCUCGCCCAAGCUCAAGACAAGACAUUUGGGGUCGAGCCUAUGAAAGCUCGUGAUGGAGUUGAUACUAUUCCGGCGCGGGUUCAACACGUUGUAGGCCAGGACUACACAUCUUAG